GUCUGUAUUUUAAAAACAAUGGCGGCUGCUAGUAACAUGCGAAUACAGUAAUAUACAGUCAAUGCUCUCGUUUUUCCGAGGUCCCAAGUUUCCUGCUUGAAACAUGGAGAAGUGUAACGUGUGUAGCAAAAGUUUCACUUUAAAAUCAAAUUUGACACGACACAUGAAGACCCAUUUCGCCAAGGAAAACAAGUGUGAUGUUUGUGGGAAAGAAUUCACUUCCAAGCAUCAGUUACACUCCCACCUCAAGCAACACCAGUACCCGAAGAUCCCUUUGUACAGGCCGGGAGAGGCAAGGCUGCACUGUACGGAGGAAGCCAAGAGCGUGGCUGACCAUGUGGCCAAUGCACCCUGCGCAGCAAUAGACCCCACAUGGCUGAAUCCUGAAACGGCAGAGGCGGAGGCGAAGAAAUCUGGAGGGGAGAUGUGGACAGCCCAGUUGGUCUGUACAUUUGGAAGGUACGCCGGGCAAUCCUUCAAAUGGUUACUUGAAAACGACAUAGGAUGGGUUGUGUGGUUGCUCGCCGAGUACUGCUUGAAGGGGGAGCAGAACGACUUUCUCAAGUGGGAAAAGACACGGCUGCUUGAAUUUGUCAAGGAGUUCCCUUCGGUGACUUGUCAUCUUGAGAAGAGGUUGGAGAAAAACUCCUUCACGAGUCCGAGGUGCCUGUCUCCACACAGCUUACCACCUGGGGAAAGCUCAAACCAGGGGAAAACAGACCCAGCACAUCUCAAGCAGAGGCCUUUUCCUCAGACUCCGGGGGCGUAGUGCUGGAGGGAUGGCAGAGAUACUGGGACCAACCACCUGCAUCUGCUCAAGCCCUUGGUAUGGCAGCUCCGAAUGUCAAGUGGCUUAAACAAGACGAGACUUACGGUCUUUUUGAACGCUCAACCACGUACAGGAACGCCAGCGGAGAGACAGUGGAGAGAAAGCUGUUGAAGAAAAAGAUGGAGUUCCACCCACCUCCUCUACCUACAUCUGUCAAGGGAGCGGUGCCCAACAUGCUGGCUUUUUUCACAACUCAUACCUUCUUCUGGAGACCAGUCGGCGUCAUGCAAGCCAAGAUCCGCUGUCCCAACACAGACUGCUGUGCACCGCCAGGGGAAUACCUGGAGUUGAAGGGCUUUGGCAGCUAUGCUCGGCAAGUGUGCGGGAUGAAGAACUACUACACCCUGUUGACCGAGAAGCUGAAGUGUCCAUUUUGUGAAAAGGUUAGGCAGCCAGAUAGAGGAGAUGCACAACAGUACCUGUGGAUGGCAUACAGUCCCAAAAUAUUGAUGAAGCUUGCCCCAGCCAUCAGGUGCAUGUUCCCUGCCAUUCUGUGUGGUAAGCGUGCCAUUGACAGAGGCGUGGUCACCCUGCUAGGCGACCGGCUAAACUCCACGUCCAUGAGUAAGGUGCAAAGACUCUUGCAGCAGGGCCAUGACGAGUGGUAUGUGGAGCGCCGCGACCUAUACCAGACCCUCCUGUAUGAGGCACACACUUCAGGAAUUCUGCCCUAUGUUAAAGCUGCUGGCAGCUACACCCCUCCUCUCCCCAUGUCCCCCCUGCCAUGUCCUGCUGUCUUGAGGCGCGCACACCUCAUUGCAGAGAUGGAGAUGAUUCCAGUGUACAGGGCCUCCAUCCUCAGCACAACUGGAGAAAUACUCUGCAUCGAUGGCACAAAAAAGAUCCUCAAGAAGAUAUACGGUGAUGGCCAGGACACCAUGCAGUAUGUCACCAGUGUAUUAAACGAGUGGGGCCAGUUUGUGACAACAGUGGUCGUGGCAGCAGAGUCUGAGGGGUGCUACAGGCGUAUGGCAAGAGGCCUGAUUGCCAGGUUUCGGCGUGCCAAGGCCCCAGCGCCCAAAAUAAUCUAUGCAGACAACAACUGCUGUCGUGACAGUGGGUCAUCGUUUCUUGAGACCCUGUUCCAUGACUGGGUUCAGGAGGGCACCAUGGUCAGACUGGAUGUCCGACACUGGCUGCACCGCUGGGAAGCAGUCGUCAUCAAACAGAGCCAUGCAAAGUACGGCGUCUUCAUGAGUGCCUUGGCAGGGGCAGUGAUGGCCUACAACCGGGAUGACAUGAUGCUGCUGGUCCAGGCAGUCAGGAAUGGUAACCCUGACCUGUAUACCAACCAUGCUGAAGAGGAAAUGAUCCAUUUCCUCAAGCCUCACCAGGUGAAGGCCUACGUCAGACGCAUCACCCGAGGUGUUGAGGAGACUGCGUCUGUGGUGGAGGCCAUCAUUGCCGAGUUCAAGGGACCAGCUGGCCUUGAUAUUGAUGGAAUCCACCUCUUUAAGUCAGCAGAGGCAGUCGAUGCUCACUGGACAAACGCAAGCAAGCAUCUCAGUUGUAUGCAGGAUCCUCCUGGUAUACAGCUCUAUGUGUCCGUGAAGGAAGUGGUGCUGAACGGUGUUCGGUUGAACAAGUACAGGUGCCGACGAGGCAGUAACUCUUUGGAGGGGUUGCAUGCACACCUGUACAAUGCCGUUCCUUCAAAGAGAUGUGGAAUUCUGCCAUUCCAAGUGUAUCUUAUCACAUUUGCUGUGCAGUGGAACAGCCGUAUGGAAUCACUCCGUGUUGCUGGUGGCAAGGGGCGGCAGACGACCUGUAUGGAUGCUAGGCAGAUCCAGCGCAUGAACCGGCAGGCUGAACUGCUCUUCGGCAAAGACCACGUGCUGGAGCCCAACUUCUUUGCUCCUCUGCCCUACCCAGAGAAGUACGACAGCCCAGAGGAGGAGGAACUUCUCGGCGUGGAAUAUGCCGCAUGCCAGUCCACCGACUUCACUGCCGGGGAUUACUAUGCAGAAAAGAUUGAAGAAGAGCAGUCUCGUGACGUUGAGGAGUCUCGUGAAGGUGAUCGUGAGGAGUCGGCUGAACAGAGCAAAGAGGAGUCAGAAGAUGAGGGUGUUGACUUGUGGUCAGAUUCAGGGGAAGAUCACAUGGACACCAUCAGUAGGGCACAUGUCAGCCUCACACAAGUAGAGCAGGUGGAGGAAGAGGAUAGCCCUGCACUGCAGGAUGUCCUGAUGAAACAGAGUCAUAUGCAUCUGCCAGGAUUGGAGGAAGUAGAAGCACUGGCCUUGCUGCUUCUGGAACUGGCAGACAAUAGUGACCAGCACCUAGUACCUGCCAAGCUGAGGCAGAAGAUUGUAGCUGCUGCUGGUUCCCUUCUAGACCACGACAAGACCGCUUCGAGCUUUGUUAAAAAGUACGAGUCCAGAUGGGGCUUCACCCUGUUUGGACGGUGUCUGGGGGCAGACACACCUGAGAACAGGGCAGCUCAGAAGACCAAGUUCAGCUGGAUGCGUUACCCUCAGGCAGCACAGGUGACCGAAGACACCCGACUCUUGUACCUGGUCAUAAAGAUGCUGAAAAACCGUCCACCAGCCAGUCUCCAAUCCAGCCCCAGUAAAGUGAAUACUGCUAUAAAGGCGCAGUACAAAAGGAUUGUGGAUCAAGUUAGGGACGAUCCCAUUCUGAGCAACCUGUCCAUUCCCCUGCCAAAUCUUAACGCCAAGUCAAUCUCCAACUUCAUCAGAAAGGAAGAGAAAAAGGCCAACUACUGGGCGACAGUUGUGCCCAAGGUGAAAGUCCACAAGAGAGUACUGUCUUAUGACCCCAUGCCAGAGGCACCUAAUCUGCCAACAACCCUACCGGUUCCAGCUCGAGCUCAGGUACAGUACGAAAACCUGGAUCACCUGGCUGGGGAAAGGCGUGGUGCAAAGCGAAGGCUAGAAAUGAAGAAACCAGCAGAGCAGGGGAACAAGCCCAUCCAGCCCAAGCCUGCCACGUACAUCCCGCCUCAAGUGUCUGCAGCGCCAGUACUGCUGGUGGUCCCGGCACAGCCACGGGCUCCAUCCAUGAUGCUGCUGGGGACAUCCUGCAGUCAGGGCAGUGCUGGCUUUAUUCCAGCAGCACCGCCACCUGUACCUGUGUCCAAACCAGCCAAGCCUCAUAGAUCCUUGAGGCCAUGCGGGGCGUGCCAGGUACCCAAUUGUGGGGGGCAGCGUAAGAGAUACACACCCUCAAAAGAUACGGUUUCUGGAAGCAACCAGAAAAUCUUUACGUUCUGCCCUGUAACCAGAAAGGCCACCACUUUGGGUUUUGAAGGUGUGGUGUAUGAAAGUUUUGAGCAUUUCAAAAGGGUGGUUAAUGAUGUAUUAGAAAAAAGGAAAGCACCUUAGUGCACUUGUGAUUUCAGUUUUAGUUUGUAUAUUUUAUAUGGUUUAUAUUUUAUUAUGU